GGAAGACUGAUUUGAAUCUACAUCGACAACGCGCGCAACUAAAUACUGAACAGCUGAUUUGUACCAGCUCUACGGCAACCCUGUCUAAGCCAUCGAGCGGGCAUUUUGACAGUUGUUUGUUUACGGCCUGCCUUGCGGUAUUUGUAAUUGCAAUUGUGCGUUCGUUGUGUUUGUGAAUUUUUUUUCCUUCGUGACUUCCUGAAAACUUAAAUUAUAUGGCUAGCAUUGCGCUGCAUUUGCAACUUGAAACCGCUUGAGAAUAUGUGCUUCAAAAAACUGCAACAGAAAUUCACAACUACUACGCCAACCACAAAAACAACAACACCAAGAGCUAAAACACUUGCUCACAUAUAAGUUUCAAAUUAAUUUUGAACAAUCAGAGAAGCACGAAAACUUUUGAUUCGAUUUGUGCAAAUAUUUCAUUGGGAUUACACAAAACAGUCGUUUGCUCUGGAUUAAUAAUUGAGUGACACUUAAAACAAGGAUAACAAGCAACAACAAUAAGAAAGCCGACAAGAUGGUUAACAAACAAUAUACGGCCAACGAUCUGGAGGCUUUUAUGAAAAUUGCCGCCAAUUGGCAAAGUUCCAAUCACAGCUUGCUGGAAGGCGUCGAUAUAAAAACAGAAAUGACACAGUACAUGAACAGUCCGUCGAUGAACAUGUACAAGAAACGCGAACGCACACAGAACUGGAACCAUCAGGAGAAGAAAUACCUGCUGGAUUUGUGUCGCAAGGAUAUGCGUAUCAUAGAGAACAAACGGCUAGAUGCGGGCUUGACGGCAGUUAAGAACAAAGCCUGGAAGAUAAUACACCAAAAGUUCUCCAAUCAAUUUGGCACAGAUCGCACCUGCAAUCGCCUCAAAGAGCAGUGGCGACGAAUGAAAGCCUGUACACGGAAUGAGAUACUCGACUAUAAUAAUCGUUUGGCGAGAUUUGGUGCGGAAGUGGCCGACCGCAAGAAGCCCUCGCCAUUUACCUUCGAGGUUUGGGAAUUCAUGCAGGAGGCCAAAAAAGCGUGCAAAUCAGAGGCUCUGGAUGGCAUAGACUAUUCGAAAAUACCACUGGCUUUGGAGGAGGGCUUCGAGUAUCGCGAGGACUAUAAGUUCAAUAACGACGAACAUGAAAUGGAUGACAGCCGCACACCACCUCAGGAUGUCUGUGAUGUGGACAUUAAAGAGGAAGAAAUGAACGAGACCUUCAAUGAAACCUUCAACAAUACCUUCAACAAUACUGAGCCGCAUCUUAAUGGAGAACGUCUCAGUGCGUCGCCCAAUCACAGUCGCAAUGGACUACAGGAUGCUGAAAGUCCCGCUGCCCUGGCCAAUGUGACGCUCGAUAGCGGAGGCGCCUUUUUGCCGCCCACCCCAGACAUGUCCGGCUUUCAGACCGGCUUUAAUAUGAACAACAUAUCCGCCACUUUGGAGGCGCUCAAUGCCUUGCGCACCGGCCAGUUCCCCAGCGCGGCGGCUGCGGCCGUAGCCAUACAACAGCAUCAGGCUCAGGCGGUUGCUCUGCAGCAGCAACAACAUCAGCAGCAGAAUAACAAUAACAAUGAGGAGGACGAUGAUGUGGCCAAGCCAUUGGCCAAAAGGCAACGCACCAACAGCAGCAGUAAUUUGUUAAAUGAUGAGCAGCAAGAGGCAUUGCCAGCAGUUGCCCAGCCCCAAGUGGAGCCCAGCAAUGCACUGGAACGUGCCAGCAGCUCGACGCCGAGCAGCAACUUUGAGAUGCGCCUUUUUAUGGAGAUGCAGAGCAAGGAGCAUAUGAUGCGCAUGAAAAUCCUGGAGGUGCAGUUGCAAGCCGCCAAGCAUAGUCGCGAUCUGGUGGAGAUUAACAAGACGUUGGCGCUGCAGAGACUGCAGGAGAUUGCGAGCAAGCGGCUGCCCAGCUAAAAAGUGCGCCACUCGAUUUAUGUUUAUUUUACUGAAUUGUGUUUUUAUGUUGUUUUUAGUUAUAGGCGCUGCAUUUUUGGAUGCAGAUGCGCGCAGAACGUAGGGCUUAGUUAUUAUAAGCUUCAAAUGUAUACACAUCUAGAGACAUAUGGACAGAGCUACACACACAUACACACACAAACAGACACACACGCAUACACAACAUUCCUGGCAUUGUUGAUGACAACCAGUAUUUAAACGCUAGAAGCAAACCUGCCUCACACGCACUUGAACACACAGACAAACACACACACACACACACAUAUACCAACAGGUGAACCACAAACAGCGCUCAUAAGUAUGCCAUAUUAUUUUUACUUACGGCCCUUGCAUCCAGCCUACCUCACACACACACAGACAAACUCGUUUUCAUAUUGGUCGGGCUUUGUUU